UGGGUGCCCCGCGCCUUGUCCAUCCCCAGCAGAGCUGAUGCCCGUGUGCCCCGUGUCUGUCCGUCCGUCCCUCCCGGGAGCCCCUUGGCCCGGCCCCUGCCCUGCCCUGCCGCUGCCCGCGCCCCGCACACGAGGCACCAGCCCCGGCGAGGCAGAGCUAUUUUUAACAGCCGCUUCUGCUUGAUUUGAGCUGUGAACUCGGAACGUGUUUAUGCUAAAGGGCUUUCUUUUCCCUUCUCCCUUUGUGCUGAGGAGGCAGCGCCGCAGAUCAAAGCCUGUCUCUUCGCGUUUGGUGAUGGUGGGCUGGGAGGGAGCCGAGGCGGGAGAGGCCGGCAGUUCCACGGGGACACUCGUGUCCUCGGGGGCCGCGGUGGCUCUGACGCACCUCUCUUUGUCCCCGCAGGUCCGGGAGCCAUGGGCGGGCACGGCCGGCACCGGGCGGUCCUCAGCGGGCUGCCCUGAGCCCGGGCGGCCGCGGCGGGACGAUGGGCUGCGGGCGCCGGCGGGGAGCCGCGGUGCCGGCCAGGGCUGUCGGGGCGGCGAGCCGGGGGCUGUAGGGCCGGGCGGCGGGCAGCAAUGCCCGGCGGCCCCUCGCCCACCUCCCGCCCAGCAUCCCCUGUCCGUGGCGGCGCGGGAUGAGGCUGCCCGCCGCCCCAGGAGCUCCGGGGACGGCUGCAGCCCAGGGCUCCGGCCGCCGGCGCUCGGCCCCCCGCGCCCCGCCGCAGCACCCCGGCCCCGCGGCCCUGAGCCAUGGUCAGCCGUGAGCCCGUGCCCGGCCCGGCCCCCGCCGGCGCGGGCAGCCAGGAGAAAGCCAUGACGGUGCGCUCGGUGCUGCUCAACCGCGACUCGCCCGACAUCGAGAGCCGCCUCAAGCGCCGGCGCAACCGCACGCAGCAGGUCCGCUUCAAGGACCUGGUGGAGGCCGGCGCGGGGCGGGCGGAGAGCCCCCCGCCCGGGCCCGCUGCCGACCCCGGCCACAACACCCCACGUGCCUCGCCGCCCCCCAGGGACCCCCCUGAGCCGGCGGCUCUCCGUGCCUCGCGGCGCAGCUGGCCCCAGGCGCAGCCGGGCUCGCUGACGCUGCCCAUGCCCAGGAAGGCGUGCAUGAGCACCGCCAUCCAGACCUCCCCCAGCCUCCAGAAGCCCUUCCCGGCCCCCCAGCCCCGCAGCAAGAGCGUCUGCGAUGUGGCGGAGGAUGCGGUACCUCCCGCCGUGGCGAGCGCCCGGUGUCCGGGAGCGGCCGUGCCCACCGUGGCCAGCUGGGCCGUGCCCCCGCGGGCCCCCGGCAGCCUCCCCACCCAUGACCGCACCGCGACCCUCGCCCAGCACGCCAAGGUGCGCCGCACGCCACCACCGCCACCACCCAGGGACCCCCCUCCCCCUUACCAGGGUACUGCCGGGUGCCCCUCCGCCCGCUGCGCCCCUCCGGUGCAAAGCUGCACCCCCGAGCCCUGCCCGCCAUCCCCAGCCUGUGCCCAGCUCCGCGGGAGCCCCCGGGGCAGCCACGGGAUCACCCCACGGCCGGCCUCCGUGCCCUGCGGCCAGCCCCGGCCGCCCGCCGAGCAGCGGGGGCUCGGCCGGAGCGACUCUGAGCGGACCCUGCCCUGCGGCCGCCCAGCAGCUCCGUGCCAGCCCUCGCCGCACCGCCGGCAGCCCGUCCCCUCCACGGACACCCAGAGCCUCCGCCAGCCACCUCAGGGCAACCCCCCGCGGGACCCCCCGCCACCCCAGCACCAGCUCUGCGCCGCGAUCUGGGGGGGACCCUGCUGCGCCUCGCCAGCCCCCGUGCCACCAGCGCCGGGCUGGCACGGCUCGGCCGCCGCCACGCCGGACAAGACACCAGCUGCCCUCGGUACCUGCAGCCGGCUCCGCGCCGCCGAAGCCGGGCGUGGCUGGGCAGGGCCCGAGGGGCCCAGGGAGCCGCUGUCCGCAGCCCCGCAGGGCCCCGGCGUGGGGACACAAGCGGCCGGGUGGGCAGCGGAGGCCCCCCGGCACGGACAGCCCUGCCUCGCCGCGGAGCAGCCGGACACGCUGCACCACGUCCAGGACCUUCUGCAGCUGGUGGUGGUGGCCAAGGGGCCGGUGGGACCACCAGCGAGGGCCGAGGAUGCCCGGACAUCUCAGGGAGAGGGCCCAGGGGGGCCCGGGGAGCAGGGGGACCUGCAUUCCCAGCUGCAGUCCCUGGAAGGGGUGCUGGAGACCAGCCAACAAACCAUCCGGGUGCUGCUGGACGUCAUCCAGGACCUGGAGAAGAAGGAGGCGCAGCGGGAUGGGCGACACUCGUACCGGACCGGGCAGGACAUCGCCAACUGCGGGACCUGCCGGGACUGUGCCUGCAUCAUCUACAGCGUGGAGCACGAUUUCCGACAGCAGGAAGGCCGCUUCCAGCGGGUGCUGAGCCACAUCGAGGGCGACACGGGGCCGAGCUCCCCCCCGACGGCGCUGGGGGCGGCGGGGGUGGCGGUGGGGGCGGCGGGGACCACCUCACCGCCCGGCCAGGAGCCAUCGCCCGUGUCGAGGCUGCCGGCAAAGCUGGACGUGAAGAAAUCCCGGCGCAAAUGCUUCUGGUUCCUGUGAGCGCAAUGCCCGGUGAGCCCGGAGCGCGGGGGCACCGUCCCGGCACUGACCCCCUGCCCACCUCUUCUCCCUCCCUCCUUCCCUCCCUCCCACGGUAGGGUUUGGGUAGCACCAGCUUUUCUAUUUUUAACCAUUCCGUUGAACGCGGGGAGCUCGGGUGUGGAAACGGCGAGGGGAGCAGCGGCUGUAUUUAAGGAGAAUUCAAUAAAUUCCAC